CAUCCUCAGAGGAAGAGCAAGAGAAGGUGGAUGAAAAUGCUGAGAAAGGUGCGGCAUUGAUGUCGCAGCAGCAGCACGUCGUGCAAGGAGCCGCUGCCGAGGGUUUUGCUUCGGAAAACAACAAAACAGCAUCGCUAACUUCUGCAACACAAACCUUCGACACCGGCGGGCAGCGAGACACGACGCCAAGUUUUGCACGUGACGACAACGAGGAGGACCUGCCGCAAGACAAAUUUCAUCCCAUAACAGCAGAUCCCUCCUCGUCAUCGACAUCUUCUGCAUCAUCUCCUUGCGCCGCUUUCCUGGCCUCAUCGCUCUCCACCAUUAUCAUGACCAUCAUCGCUGUUUGUCUUUUCGCCAGCGCUACUGGCUUGGCAGUCCAUAUGGGCAACGUGAGCGAGGGGAACAAGCAGAAAGCAGAGCUGGGAUCUUCAGGGGACGGUGAUGAGUAUCCGUUUGGCGGCUUUGGCGGCGGGCAUAAGCCGAACAUUUUAGUCCCAACGAGAAUCUUCAACGGGGAUGGAGGUGGUGGUGGCGGGGAUGGUGGUGGUGGUGGUGGCACUUCACAUGGAGGGAACCCGAGCGGCCCACCAACAGGUCUAGGAAAUGAUGGUCAGGGCGGGAAUGCCGGAACGACCGCUCCUUUGCAGCAACCGACCCCUCCUGCGAGUCCUUCAUCGGGCUUGUUGAGCCUUUUCCCCCCGGGGCCCAUUUCCGGAGCAGAGUUUCUAGCGCCGGCGAAACCAAAACCAAAACCUGCAGCACCGACUGGUGGUGCAGCAGCGCCAAAACCAGCACCGGUCGCUUCCGCUUCUGCAGCACCGACUGCAGGGCCUGUUUCCGCCAGCCCACCAACAGUGCUUCCCGCUGCGACGGUGCCGGCUCAACCGGCAGCUGCUGUUCAACCGAAUGCGGCAAUUCCAUCAACUGCAACUUCUGACCCGGAGUCGCAAGAAGGUCAGGCAGAAGCUGAUGCUGAUGCAGUAUCGGUUGCCCCGUCUGCGUCAUCAUCUCCUCCG